AUGUUACUAAAUAUUUGGGAACAAUGGGCAGAAACAAAUUAUUCUAUGGGUUGGUGUUAUGAAAAUUUUAUAGUAUAUCGAUCCAUGAAUCGAGCAAGAGAUGUUCGUGAUCAACUAGUGAAAUUAUGUGAUCGUACUGAAGUUGAAUUAAAAUCAAAUCCUGAUCCUGGUGACAUAAUUCCAAUACAAAAG